AACUGUGCGCCUCUCAAUCACCACACAGCUGAUCAGGAUGGCGACGAGUCAAGCGAAACAGGAGCCGGAGAACUAUUCGUUUCUACCUCUUAUUCACGAUAUAAUCAAAUGCAUGGACAAGGAGAGUGCGGACGUCCACGGGGAGCUGAAUAAGCUGAAGACGCGUAUCCAGGAGAUGAGAGAUCAGAUCCAGGCCAUGCCGGGAAUAGACACCUCCGCAGAGGAGCAGCAGGAGGCGCUAGAGACCCUACGGCAACAAGUGGCCACCAAGAACCAGCUGCUGCACAAGUACAGGGGACUCUGCAUGUUCGACAUCCCCAAAGCAUAGUACAGCUGCGCUGUGUGUGUGUGUGUUUGUGUGUGUGUGUUUGUGUGUGU